UACGCAAAAAGGUAUGGCAGUAUCAAGUUGGCAAGAACUUUGUGAACAAUGGGCAAACCGUUAGUAACUGUGAAGGAAGGAAAAUUGGAAGGCGCAGUAUUGAAAAGUGGCCUAGGAUUGUCAUAUAUCGCCUUCAGAGGGAUACCUUUCGCCGCUCCUCCUAUCGGAAAUCUUAGAUUUAGGGAUCCUCAACCACCUGCAUCAUGGACUGGUAUCUUGGAUACAUCCAAAGACACGAAAUACAUGUGCCCACAGUUGGAAGAAAAUCCGCCUUUCGAUGUUAUUGGCAACGAAGAUUGUCUUUAUUUGAAUGUUUACACGAAUUCUCUCGAUCAAUCGAAGCCCGUUAUGUUCUGGGUUCAUGGAGGGGCAUUCAUACUAGGCAAUUCGAGUUUUCACGAAUCGAGGCCCGACUAUUUACUCGCCAAAGAUGUUGUAGUUGUCUCGGCUAACUACAGGCUUGGCGCAUUCGGAUUUUUAAAUUUGGGCCACCGAGUCGCGCCAGGAAAUUUAGGCUUAAAAGAUUUAAUCGCAGCUCUAGAGUGGGUCAAGAAAAAUAUCGCCAACUUUGGCGGAGAUUCCAAUAACGUUACGAUUUUUGGAGUUAGCGCUGGAGCAACUUUGGUACAUUCCUUACUCGUAUCGCCUCGGGCGAAAGGACUGUUUCACAAAGCGAUUUUGCAGAGUGGUACAUUGACGUGUCCUUGGGCAAAUUCCGAGAUUGAAAAUGGUUCUGAAGGCGGUUUUAAACUUGCCUCGCUUCUUGGCAAAGAUUCUAAUGAUCCUGUCGAAGUUUUUGAAUUUUUACGAACAGUGCCUGCCGAGGACAUCGUAAAAGCCCAAAUUUCACUUUUAUCUCCGGAGAGAGAGAAGGCCAGUAUCCUACCUUUUAGACCCAACAGUGACGAAGUGGCAGAGAAUCCUGUUUUACCAGAACCGAUCGCACAAUUAAUUGCGAAAGAAGCAGAUGUGCCCGUGAUAAUCAGUUACACGGCACACGAAUAUUUGAUGAUCAUAAAAGAUAAGAGCGGAAAAUUAAUAAAUGCUUUCAACCAGUAUCUCUAUGGUCACGUGAAAAAUUUGGGAUUAUUGAAGAAAUUAGGGGAUGCAGAAAUGGAAAAAUUGUUCGCGUUGGUAAAAAAUCAAUACUUCGAUGGAAAACCGAUCAGCGUGGAUAAUUUAACCGAAUUUUCAAAAUUACUCAGUCUUAUUAAUUUCGGCAUUCCCGCGAUGUUGUUGCUAGAGGAUCGCGUGAAAAGAACGACCGCGCCUAGUUAUCUCUGUGUAUUUUCAUACGUUGGCAAUGAGAAAACCCCGACGGAUCUUCUAGUAACACGACAGAUUUCUGGAGCGUCUCAUACCGACGAUGUCGCGUAUUUGCUAUACUUACCCAAAUGUAAAACUGAACAUCCUGAUCCACCAGCGAUUGGUACGAAGGACAGGAUUACGUUAGAAAGAAUGACUAGAAUGUGGACCAAUUUUGCUAUAACUGGGAAUCCUACCUCGGUCAAAGAUGAGUUUGUCAACGUUGAUUGGAAGCCUGCAACGAAGGAAGAUCUGUGUUAUUUGAAAAUUGACGACGAGUUACAGUUGCUGCCUAUUUCACCACAUCUUUUAUCCUUUAAGUAGACUAUAUCAAUCUUUUUUUGCGUGGGACGAAAAUUAAUUUUGGGAGAAUUUUUAUUUCUUUUUAUUCACAUGUAAUUUAUAAUAAUACAUGUAAUCGCUUUCUUACGUUCAGUAAGAAAGCAAAGGGUGCAAAGGAAGUAAUAAAUACAUUACAUAUUUUCUA